CCUCAUCUCUCAAACGCUUUUGUGAGCCUCACGCACCGCUCCCCUCGCAAAUACUAAAAAUCUACAAAAUACAAAUCCAUUGAAUAAAUAUGACGUCUAGACUAGAGCGUUAUCAGCAGUUCUUUAAGGAAGUCAUAAGCUUACAAUCUGCCCCAGUAGUUGCUGUAUACCUGAUUCUCAUACCAACAUCACUAUUAUGGAAAMAAAUUGUACCACCGCUGGAUCUGAGAAAGAUUAUGGUAGUCUACAACUUUAUAUGCAGUGGAUUGAGUUUGUACUCCCUUGCCUACAUUAUAAUGGCUCUUGCUGCUGAUGGGAUGGAGUCAAUCUUUAAGAUGGAACACAACUCCAUGAUAAGCCAUGCCUUCUUUGUCUACUGGAUCACCAAGAAUGUAGAGCUAUUAGAUACUAUAUUCAUGAUGUUAAGGCACAAACAAAGACAGAUAUCUUUCCUGCAUGUCUAUCACCACUCAACCAUCCUUCUUCUAAGUGACUAUGCAUACCACUUCUAUCCCUGGCCAGCAAUUGGAUUCAUGUUAGCGCUGAACUCAUUUGUCCAUGUGUUUUUGUACUUCUACUAUGGUCAGAGUGCUCUCUAUCAAGCACAGCGACCAACAUGGAAAAAACUGAUGACUCAGCUACAGAUUCUCCAGUUUUUCAUAGGUUUAGUGCAGUGUACAUAUGGUUAUUUGUACUAUAGGUUUUGUGUGUAUGGUAUUUUUUAUGGGAUUAGUAUGGUGGUUUUGUUUAGUAACUUCUAUUAUCAAGCAUAUGUAAGAGUCAAACCAGCUGAUAAGAAACAGAAAUAAUAUGACAUUCAAUUGAUUUUCUAUUCUUGUGCACCUUAAUUAUGGAAUUACACAUGGUGACUCUUUGUCCAAUCAAACUUGUGAAAAUAAAAUGACCUCCAAAGCUUAGUAGAGGGUUAAA